CUUGAAAAUCUAGCCAGCGCUGGCGAAUUUGUUCAUUCGCGAAAAAAUCGUACAGAUUCCGUUUCGUAGACAUGUCCACCUCGAUGAAAAUUUGAAGAAAAUAACGAUUAAUGGCAAGACCUUCGGGUGUAUUCUGCUACAACAUUACCGAAGCUUCCGACGCCCCACUGGGGGCUCUUGAGACAACCCCCCUACUUACAUUAAACCCGCACCCCACACAUAAGACAAUGGAGUGCAAACCUACUGGCAUUUCUCCUUCGGGCAUCCCUGACUGCACCCUAUCGACGUCAACCUUGCUCAAAUUUGCCAUGCUUGGCGAAGAGCGAGCACAGGUUGAUUCAACAAUGGGGGCCAACCGAAACCCCAACACACUGCUAGAUGAUAAGGCCCUGAAAUCAAUGUGCCUGCCCAAAUUGCGACGACCUUCUGUAUACAGUGCAAACAGCUGCCCCACCAGCAUUGCAAGCACUUUCUUCGCCUCGCAUGCAAGUCCUAGUAACAACCCUUGCAUCAUCGACCCCUUACAAGUCUUCAACAAGUCUCCUUUGACCUCAGCCUUGCCACGCAAGCGCAGUCAGCAGGAAAUAAACAGCAAUGAUUCCUGCUGUCUGGAGGAAGCCCUGCGCAAUUUUGACAAGGAAGGUUGGGUGGACCCCUUGCCCCAGCAUCGAGAUGUCGUUUGUACACCUGUGGCUUUACAACCGACACGUACGGGCAGCUCCUCGUGUUUCUCGAAUUUUGAUGAUUAUGACGAGCACUACCUUGAUGUCUCCGACAGUGAGCUAGAGAUUGAUCAUGACGGAGAUGUCUAUCCGGAACCUGAUCAUUACGUAACCGAUGCCAAGGCCAAAGACAGCUUGUUGGACAUUCUAUAUGAGGACCGUCUCUAUAAGAAACGAAUAGCGAAGAAAAGACCUCGCCGUGUCGACACCUCCAAGGUUUCAACCCAAAUGGAGUCCGGAUACAGAUCGACUACUAAAAACACCAAUGUGUCACAGGUUAUGAGGACGCAGUCCAUGGGCAAGUUGGGGGAUGCAGGCAGAAGCACCCCUGUAGUACGAUGCGUUGAGCUGGUGAGCAGCACGCCAGUUCACGCCGGCACAAGUGUGGUAAAAACCUGCAUAUCCGACGUGUACCCAAUCUGCGUACCCCAACGACCAACCCCAACUGGCGGAACUGACACUGUAGCCCUCAGAACAGGCGAAGACUCAACGGAGCAGAUCUCCAAACUUAUCGUGGACCUAAUCGGGCCUAACUCACGCGUGGGUAAACUGAUCUUUAAAUCAUGCACGGCCGGACAGAGCAUGGAUUGCAUCUAUGAAGAAAUAAAACAGUGCGUACAGGCAGAGUUGCAGAUGGAAGACAAGCUGGCGAAUUUCUUCAGGAAGUCAGCUCCACCAGUUGACCAGGAUGUGUCUGUCUCCAAAUCCGACUCCCUACGCCGCAUUGAUGACACCCUUGUCUUUGUCAAAGAACACCUGUCACUAAUUCGUGCCGACAUCAACGAAUUCAAAGAGAACAGCUAUCAAAGGAUUGAUUCAAAAGUAAGCUACACCGAAUUCGCAGACACCACGGAGAUCCUGCGCGCGAAGAUGACCUACCUCGAGCGGAAACUCUUCAACGAGCACCGCAUCAUGCGCCAAGACAUUCGAAACUUCCGAGAGAAGGUCAACUUCCUCGAAAAUGAAGCCGCGUGCGGGUUGAAAAACUUCCCCGUGUGGCCCUUCCUCGCUUUCAUUGGCGCCUAUUCGCUAGUCAACUUUGGACGACGCUAACAUCGUCCCACAUGCCAUUCUCGUAUUUUCUGUCAAAUUUAAUCAUGUUUACCAGUGUGGUUCUGUUAAUGCAAUGUUUGCAUAUUUAGUAUUUUUCCCACUUUUAGGCCAACAAGCAAAAUUAAUAUCCUUCAAAUUUUCAAAUGAAAACACACACUAUUGUAUCGCAAACUGAGUAUGUACUGAUUUAUACUUCCUCUCGAAUGUUUAACCAUAAAUUAUUGUGAAUCUUAAAAA